CCAAAAAUACAAAUCAAAAUGUCCUACCAAAAAGAAAUCCACACCACAUCAACACCAACACCACACAAAAAGUAGGGUAGAAGGAAACAACAAAGGAAUAAGUAAAAGUGGAAAAGGAGUCUAUUUCUUUAUAUUAUGAAACUACUUAGAAACACACUUGAACACUCUUAGAAAUUUACAUGCCUAUUACCUACUACUCCUUAUAAAUAUACCUCACCUUCCUAUCUCCACAAACCUUACCCUUUUCCUCCAUUAUCAAAUUUUCCUAAAUUUCAAAAUCUAAAUUUUAUCUCUGUUAGAGCAAAUAUUAAUUUUACUAGAUAAAAUCUGAGUUUAAUUCUCUUAUAUAUACCUCACCUUCCUAUCUCCAAAAACCUUUAAUCUUUUCCAGCUCCAUGAUCAAAUUUUACUAAACUCGAGAAUCGAGCCUUAUUUCAACUGAAACAAAUAUUAUAUCAGGUAAGGUCUUAAAUUUAAUUCUCACGUCUUCAGCCUACACAGUAAUCAAAAAAUUUCCCCCUAAACCCCAUUAAAAAAGCUUGAACAAUAUGAUGGGAAGAUCUCUAUCCUUAAAACCCAUAACAAAAGCAAAAAGUAUGGGAAAACAACAAUGUAAAAAACACCCAAAACAUCGUCAAUGUCCUGGUGUUUGUUCCCUUUGUCUAUCAGAAAAGCUCUCUAAAAUUUCAUCAAAUAAUAAUAAUUCUCGAUCUCGAGCCGCCAUGAUCAAAGCUCGAGCUCGAGUUUAUUAUCAUUCAUCUUCUUCUUCCUCACUAUCUUCUUCUAGCUAUGAAUCUUCUUACGCUUCUUCUAAAGCAGCUUCUCCUUUACACGAGGCGGCUCGCCAUAGACGGAUAGUAUCCGACUUGCGAACCGCCAAGAAUAAAGAUCAGGAUAAUGGAAGGUUGUUCUUUAGUAAGAGUAAAUCAAUGGCGGCUGAGAAUGAUAAGUUUAAAUCAUUUCCUGAUGAUAAGAAAAUGAUGAAAAAGAAGAAGAAUAAUGUUAGUAAAAUUUGGGAUAAUUUUUUUCGGUUUGGAAGAAAUGAUCAAAAGAUUAAUGCUAGCUCUAGCACCAUGGUUGUUUAUUAAUUAUUGAAGGUGUUUUUGGCAAAAUAAAUUGUUCAAACAAAUUUAUAGUUAGGUGGUCAAAUCAUCUAAUGCUAAUGUUUCUUAAAUGGAGUAGCUGUUAUUGACUAUGGAUCAACUAGAAGUAAUUUACAACAAGAAUCAACAUAAUAUUCAAAAUUAGCCGGUCAAAUCAGCUGAUAAAAUUAGUUCACCAAAUCAAUCACUUAAAUAAUUAAGCUCAACUAUUUGUUAAAUUAGUGAUAAAAUCAGUUUGUUAAAUUAGAAUUUAAUAAUUAUAAUUAUGGUGCUAGCUAGAUUAAUUAGUUUUUAGUUAAUAUAUACUUCAUAAUCUUUCUUCUUCUAUUCCUUAGUUUAAUGGUCAACAUUAGUGCUCUUUUCAUCUUUUUAUUUGUUCAUUUUGUGUAUAAAAAUACCAAAAAGGAGGGGGAAAUCUACGGUUAAUUAAUUACAGGGAAAAGGAGAUACUAUCUCACUACUAUUUUAAUUUUAUGUACUUGUACUUCAAUGUAUACGGUAUACGGUAUACUUGUAAAUUAUCAUACAUUAUACAAGUUUCUCAAAAAAUUUUGGUUGCUUAAAUUAAUGAAGGGAUGUCAUGUUUGUAGA